GGAAUUUGUAUUUUAUUCUGUCCUGGGCAUUCGUUUCUUUCGGAAAGAUCGAUCGAAAUUCUUCGGAGGUGGCAAGUGCCUUCGUCCCAACCGCCGGCGCCGUCACGAUGAACUUUAGCGCCGCCGAUGAAGCGAUUAGCUUCCUUCAUGACUUCCAUCGAGUGUUUGGUGGCCCUGAGAACUUCUCGCCCUAUGACCCAGCGUAUAAGAAAUUCCUGCGCCAUGUCACGUUGGGGUGCUUUGGCGUUGGCGUUCUCAUCAUGGCCAUGUUGCUCCUGAUUGUGGUUCGUCGUGUCAUGGCAUUGGGCUCGGCGACCCCCAGCCGCGCCCCUCCGUCAUAUGCUGCGUACACUCGUCUUCGACGUAAUUGGACCCACCAAGGCUCAAACGACAUUUUUGCCGUCCUUUUGCUCGGUUUCACCGCGUUGAGUGCUUUGGGGGGAUUGUUAGCCGAAGCUCAAGUGGAUUACAGCGUUCACCGUAUGUCGUAUGGCAUGCACAAUGUUUCGAACACAUUUCACUCUAUCCAUGGCAUUGGGACGAACGUCUCGGUCUUCGCGCAAGAAGUGCGAGCAAACACAGACGACAUGCUGCUGUCGUUCCAUGAUUCGUUACCGGCAAACGCUAGCGAGCUUUCCUUGGAGGCCAUGCGAUUGGUUCACAUUGCGCACUCGUUUGCCAACUCGACCUCUGGCCUGCCCUCCAACUUUUCGCAUCUAGCAAACCAGUGGGAAGAAGCGUACUUUUGGAUGAAGUCGUCGACGAACGGGAUCAUUUUGACCAUGACGCUAGCGUGUUUUCUCGCGAUUUCCGCGAUCGGGUGGUCCAUGUCCCCGGCGCUACGCAUGGCGGUGUUUCUAAUCCUUGUCGUGAUUCCGUCGUCUCAUGGGCUUUUUGGCAUCUAUUUGUCCAACUCGAUCGAGUCGGCCGACUUUUGUGUCGCCCCUGUCGCAAACACAAAGUUGCUGUUCCACAACGAUUCUGCCAUUUCGUUCUUUGUCGAGUGUCCCGCCAACGCGACGUUGUUUGGGCCGACGAUGGCCAAUUUCCACGCGAGUUUGCACGAUGCGGCCUCGAUCGUGCAGUCCCUGGAGGAAUUUGCCAAGACCCUCCCGGAAGCGACCCGGAAGCGCCUGCAAGUGGGCUACUUGGACCCGAUCUCGGACCAACUGGCGGCCAUGCAAGCCCUAGAAACGGCGUUUUACACAAACGCUGCGUGCCAGUCCGUGGCGACAACCCACAAGGACGUGGUUGCAACGUGGUGCAGCAGCGGCAUCCUCGGGCUCUUUACGCUGUGGGUCCAUCAAGUGGCGCUGUGUGCGAUGCUCUUUUUGAGCGUGAUUGCGCUUGUGUCGGUAUUUGAAGACGUCCGCGCCAAAGAAGAACGUGUCGAGAUGCAGUAUCACUUGCUUUCGACCUACGAAGAAGACAACAUUGAACAUCUCUACAUGAGCCCCGAGUAACGACGCGACGAACUUUGAAUGGAUUUUAUAUAUUGCCUAGUACUCUUCCGACUUGGAAUGUGCUCUAGAUGAACCCGAGUAACGAAGCGACGAACUUCGAAUGGAUUUUAUAUAUUGCCUAUACGUAUAGUA